AUCAAGGCGAGUUUCUCAUCUGCCUGCCAGCCUGAAAUUACUGUCGCCUUGCAUUUCAUAUUUUUUUAUUCAUGGGUUAAUUCAACUUUUGUCUUUCUUUUUUAUUUAUAAUCACUACCACCACUCACAUUUUUAAUUCUCCUUCAUUUAUUCAAAGCAUGGCGUCCGGAGUAGGCUACAGGGGAACUAACCGCUGCUUCCCAUUCUGGGAGGACUUCCAGCAGUGCUAUUUUAGCAGCACUCAGAAGACGCGCUCGGACUGUGUCAACGCCAAGGAGGAUUACUUGAGUGCCUCCACCACUUUAAAGAGAUUGCACGUGUGCGCACUAUCCAGGCCGUUGAACGGGACAACUAUGCGAAGAAUAAGGCUAAUGGAACGGACCAUAAGAUUAUAUCGCUGGCUUCGGCUGGAUCCAGUUAGUUUGACUUUUUUUAGUUCCCACCGUGUAUAGUUUACCAAACAUCGUCUUCACUCUCUCUUUUUUAUUUAACUGCUUUAUUAUCGCUAUAUAGAUGUUGGCUUUUAUCUUUACAUACAUACACAUACACAUGGAUGAAGUCACACACACCAUUUGUAACUUUAUUGCGAGCGCACAUAUUUCUUGCAGGUGAAAAGACCUUGCAAGAAAUGUGCUGAAUCAGUGUGAUUAAAUCAAGUUGGAUCAAAAAAAUGC